GUUUAAAACCUGCAGUCUGGCCAGGCACUUGCCCCAUAAGACUGCAGCACCACUGCCACAGCGCUAGCCAGACGCAGAGUCUCCUCUCCUACAUAGGAUGGACACCACACGCGCGAGGACAGCGAGGGUUCACGCCGAGAGAACGAUACCACAGACACCAGGAAGAGUCUGAGACAGAGAGUGAGAGAAAGAGAGAAAGAGAGAAAGAAGGGGGAAAUGCGGGAAACGAAACAGACUGGAAACUAAGUUUGAAACCAACCCAGAGGAGAUACUUGCUAUAUAUAUUUAUAUUUAUCAGGACCUAGUGGCAAGAGAAGCCAUCAAGGAGGCGGCAAACAUACAGUUUGCGUUGUGACGGUGGAAGGAAUAAACAAAGCGGCAGGGAUAGAGUUUGUAUCGUGACGGACGCCAGGUCGCGAUCGUCCCAGAGACACUCAGCAUGAAGGCUCUGAUCGUGUCUUUGCUGGGGCUGCAGUUGGUCAUGGGGAUGGGCCACUGGUGUGAGCACUUACUGGAGGAGCGGGUGGAGCACGUCAUAUCCCCCCGUCUGCAGCGUGAGGUGGACUGUUCCGAGGUGUACCAAUACAACACUCAGGGCUGGAGGCUGGACGUGGACAGAAUGCGCCAUGAGCACGGAGGGGAUGAUGGCAUUGCCCUGUACUACAAGCAGCAGGGCCCCAGAGCCUCGUGCUAUGUGUUCAAGCCUCCGGACAUUGAGAGUGUGUUGGUGAACAGGACAGUCAGGAGCUGCUGUGAAGGCUGGGAAGGCCUUCGCUGCUCACAGGGUGUGGGCGUGAGGGGCCAGUGCUUCUCCACGUGGAGCUGUGCGGAGUUCCCCGGCGUGGCCAACUCCUCCCUCAUGGCGCUGGAGGAGUGCUGCGGGACGCUGUGGGGGCUCAGCUGGAGAAACGCCUCCGACGACACCUGCCUCUCCUGCGGUGGCGCGCGCACUACCCCCCAGGGCUCGCCACCUGCGUGGCGGGGCGGGCGACAUCGACCUCUCGACAGGAAGCACUUCCACUUCCAGGGCAGCUGCACGUACACGCUGGCCUCCUCUACAGACAGCACCUGGGCCGUCUACAUCAGCACCGUGUGUGACGACCGCGGACACUGUAGCAAGGCCCUGCGGAUGAUGCUGGGUCUCGAUCUGGUGACGGUUCUCCAGGGGAACAUGACGUUAAACAGUCUACUGGUACCAAACGGAGAACCGCUCUUCCAAAACGGUGUGAGUGUCCACUGGCUCGGGGACUUUGUAUUUGUGGAGAGUGGACUCGGGGUGCGCCUGAAGUUUGACAUGGACAACACUGUCUACCUGACAGUGACCGCAGACCAUCUGGGCAACACCAGAGGAUUAUGUGGCGUCUACAACAACAACGCCAACGAUGACUUCACCCUGGCCAGUGGGAGCGUGUCUGCGUAUGCGGCUAGCUUCGGGAACUCAUGGCGGGUGUCUGAUAAACAAACAGAGGGUUGUAGUGAUGCAGCUGAGUUGGGUCACAGUUGUGACAUCACUGGCAGUAUUGCUGUACGAGGGGAGGCUGAGUCGGCAUGCCACAGGCUUUUGGAGACGCCAUUCUCACAGUGUCACCAUCGAGUGGACCCAGCGGCAUAUGUGGACUCGUGCCUUUACCUGUACUGCAGUCUGCCCAGUGCUGAGAGGGGGGCAGUGUGCCAGACCCUGGCCAGCUACGCCCGAGAGUGCGCCCAACAACACGUCAUCAUCAGCUGGCGCCGCCAUGGACUUUGUGGCCGAGUGUGUCCGCGGGGUCAGGUGUUUUCGGACUGCGUCUCCUCCUGUCCCGCCAGCUGUUCCUCCCCCCUGCCCCCCGCCUCCGGUCAGUGUCGCGAGGAGUGCGUGGGGGGGUGCGAGUGCCCCCCAGGACUCUUCCUGCAGGGGGGAGAGUGUCUAAAGAGGGACGACUGCUCCUGCUUCCACCGCCGACGCUCCUACAAGGCCGGGGACACCAUCCAGCAGCAGUGCAACACAUGUAUUUGUACAGCUGGCCAGUGGCGGUGCUCGGGGGAGAAGUGUGCAGCUCAGUGCGUUCUGAUUGGUGGACUGCAGGUCACGACCUUCGACAAGAAGAGAUAUACUCUUCAGGGGGGAGACUGUGGUUUCACUGCAGUGGAGGAUUUUGUGGACAGGAAGUUGGAGGUGACGGUGCGUGUUGGAGAGUGUGUGAGUGGAGGCGGCCGGGGCUGCCUGAGAGAGAUGUCCAUCACUGCACUCCGCACCACGGUCAUCGUCACGGAUACUGGUGCUGUGAGUGUUAACGGGCGGCUGGAGGGGUUGCCAGUGGUGACGGGGGACCUGGUGGUGAGGCGGGCUUCGUCCACGUUCCUGCUGGUCCAGGCGUUCGGGGCUCAGCUGCUUUGGUACCUGGACGGAGCCCUUGCCCUCAUCACCCUGCAACCGGGCUUCGCUCAGAAGGUCCGAGGACUGUGUGGCACACUGACCUGGAGUCAGCACGAUGACUUCACCACGCCGGAUGGGGACGUAGAGAGCAGCGUGACGUCCUUCGCCAGCAAGUUCACCACGGCGACCUGUCCAGUGCCACAGGCCACCCCGCCCGACCCCUGUGCCACCUACACACAGCGCCGCCAGCAAGCUGAGAACGUCUGCGCCGUCAUACACAGCUCCGUCUUCCAGCCGUGCCACGAUGUGGUGGACAGGGAGCCUUACAUGCGCCUGUGUUUGAACGACAUGUGCAGCUGCGCCACCAACAAGCCGUGCCAGUGUACUGUCCUCACGGCCUACGCCCGCCACUGCGCUCAGGAGGGGGUGACCAUCAGCUGGAGGAACCACACCUUCUGCCCUGUGCAGUGUUCUGGAGGUCAGGUCCACCAGGAGUGUGGGCGCUCGUGUGGUUCCUCCUGCAGUGACCUGCGCCAAGGCUGGCCCUGCCAUGUCUCCGGCGGCUCCCCCAGCUGUGUGCCCGGCUGCCAGUGCCCACCAGGCCUGGUGCAGGACGACGAGGGCCAGUGCGUACCCGCCAGCAUGUGCCCGUGCCAGCGCGGAGAGCAGAUGUACCCACCUGGCAGCACCGUACAGAACAACUGCAACACAUGCAUCUGUCAGAGAGGUGGUUGGAACUGCACCAACUCUAAGUGUCCUGAGGUGUCCCGGUGCCCUGGCACUCUGGUCUACUCUCCGCGCUCCUGCCUUCGCACCUGUGCCAGUCUGGACGCCCCCCUGGCACCCUGCGCCGAGCCCAUCUACGGCUGCACCUGCCCAGAUGGCACCGUCCUGCUGGGUGAUCGUUGUGUUCCUCCUGACGAGUGUCCAUGUCAUCACAAUGGUAGAAUGUACUUCUCCAAUGACACCAUCACCAAAGACUGCAACACUUGUGUGUGUCUCGCGAGGCGCUGGCACUGUGGGCAGUCCCUGUGCGCUGGCACCUGCGUUGCCACGGGCGACCCACACUACGUGACGUUUGACGGGCGCUGCUUCUCAUUCCUGGGGGACUGCGAGUACGUACUGGCGCAGGAGAGCAGUGGCCAGUUCAGCGUCAUGGCCGAGAACGUGCCAUGCGGCAGCACCGGCGUCACCUGCACCAAGUCCGUCACUUUCACCGUCGGCAACACCGCUAUCCACAUGCUACGCGGUAAGGCGGUGACAGUGAACGGCAUGGCAGUGUCUCUCCCUAAGUCCUACUCUGGCAGUGGGCUGACGUUGGAGAGGGUGGGGAUGUUUGUCUCGCUCUCAUCACGCCUGGGGGUCACGCUGCUCUGGGAUGGAGGCAUGCGUGUGUAUGUCCGCUUGGCGCCCAGUCUUCGUGGCAAGGUCGGGGGAUUGUGUGGUAACUUCGACGGGGACACAGAGAACGACUUCACCACUCGCCAAGGCAUCGUGGAGUCGACGCCGGAGCUCUUCGGAAACUCCUGGAAGGUCAGCCCGUCCUGCCCAGAUGUGCGGGACCAGGACCUUAGAGACCCGUGCGCGAUCCAUCCUCAUCGGGUGACUUGGGCGAAGAAGCGGUGUGCUGUACUCACCCAGGAGCGCUUUGGCGCCUGCCAUGCAGAGGUGCCGUACCAGCAGUACUACGACUGGUGUGUCUUUGACGCCUGCGGGUGUGACUCGGGCGGGGACUGUGAGUGUUUGUGCACGGCCCUCGCUGCCUACGCUGAGGAGUGUAACCGUCGGGGAGUGUACGUCCGCUGGAGAUCACAGGAGCUCUGUCCGCUGCAGUGUGAGAACGGGCUGGAAUAUCAGCCGUGUGGCUCGGCCUGCUCCUCCACCUGUCCCGGAGUCUCCCCCAGCCCCAACUCCCACUGCGGAGCCCUCUCAUGUGUGGAAGGGUGCUUCUGUCCCACCGACACUGUCAGGCAUGGCUCCGGUUGCAUCACCCCCUCUGAGUGUCCGUGUCAGUGGGAGGACUCUGAGUUUCCUCCUGGUUCCACCCUCACACAGCACUGCCAGAAUUGCACCUGUGUUGGAGGGGGCUGGGAGUGUGCGGGGGACCCCUGUCCGCGUCCCCCCCCAUGCCUGGAGUCAGAGUUCCAGUGUGCGGGGGGGCGCUGUGUCCCGUCCCUCUGGGUGUGUGACAACGAGGAUGACUGCGGCGACGGCUCCGAUGAGGUUUGCCCCAGCACCUGCCCCCCGGGUCAGUUCCGUUGCCCUGGCGGCCGCUGCCUGCCUCAGGCCCUGCGCUGCGACGGACAGCCCGACUGCGCCGACCAAUCAGACGAGGAGUUCUGCGCCCCGCCCACGCCCCGCCCCCUCUGUUCUCCGGGAGAGUUCCAGUGUGAGAGUGGGUGGUGCCUACCCAGCAGCAGAGUGUGUGACGGCCGGCUGGACUGUGGAUUCGCCGACGACUCAGAUGAGAAAGACUGUGGAGAGGUGUGUCGAGAUGGGGAGUUCCGCUGCUCCGGGGGGCGGUGUGUGUCCUACCUCCACCGCUGUGAUGGUCAUGAUGACUGUGGGGACUUUAGCGACGAGAGAGGGUGUGUGUGUCCCUACGGGGAGUUCCAGUGCCCUGGUGCGCAGUGUUUGGCACCCGAGAGAGUGUGUGACGGGCACAAGGACUGUCCCUCGGGCACGGAUGAAACCAUCUGCCCUGCCAAAGGUUGUGGGCGGCAUGAGUUCCGCUGCUCCAACGGGCAGUGUACCCCACUGGCGUGGCGAUGUGAUGGGGAGACGGACUGCCUGGACGGCAGCGAUGAGCAGCAGUGCCCUAAAAGGUGCCCGCCGGGUCAGUACCCGUGUCAGAGCGGUGACCAGUGCAUCCUCUACCAGCAGCUGUGUGACGGGGAGGAGCACUGCAGAGACGGCUCGGAUGAGAGCGUGGGCACGUGUGGUUCGGUGCGGAUCCCUCCCUGUGUGGGCAGCUUCUCCUGUGAUAACCACACGUGUGUGAACGCGUCGCGUGUGUGUGACGGGACGCCCGACUGCCCUCACGGCGAAGACGAGCUGCUCUGUGAAAAGACUCCUCCAACUGCUGUUCCGCCCGGAGACAAGAACAACACACGCACCUGUCCUGAGUUCACCUGUCGCGAUGGAGGCUGUGUUCCCUUCAAAGCGGUGUGUAAUGGGGUCCCAGACUGCCCUGACGUGCCUCGACCUGGGGGCCCCUCAGACGAGCAGCGCUGCAGGACCUGGAGCACCUGGGGGCCCUGGAGUCCCUGUAGUCGCUCAUGUGGAGCCGGCUCCAUGAGCCGCCACAGACACUGCCCCUUGGGGGACGCUCUGGGGUACUGCAGGGGAGAGGACACGGAGAGGCAGCAGUGCUUCAAGGCCUCCUGCCCAGUGGAUGGAUACUGGCAGCCGUGGGUGUCGUGGUCCAACUGCAGUAAGGUGUGUGGUGGGGUGGAGGUGCGGCAGAGGGAGUGUGUGCCCCCUCAGAACGGCGGACGCCACUGCAGUCAGCUUCCAGGAGAGACGGCCCUCACCACCGAAAUCAAGCCCUGUCCUCCUGACGGCUGCAGCAGUAAUGUGUCGUGCCCGGCGGGUCUGGUGUGGCACAAUUGCAGCUCUUGCCCCCUGAGCUGCGCCCAUGUGUCUCGGGGAGCCACCUGCCAACACCACACCAGGUGCUUCACAGGCUGCUGGUGUCCGGAUGGCCUGGUGAUGAACCAUGAGCAGAAGUGUGUAUCGGCGGACGAGUGUGUGUGUGAGGUGUCGGGGUUGCGCUACUGGCCGGGCCAGCAGGUGAAGCUGGGGUGUGAGAUCUGCACCUGUGUGAGAGGAAAGCCACAGAACUGCCAGCCCAACCCAGAGUGCUCAGUGCACUGUGGCUGGUCGCCCUGGUCCCCAUGGGGAGAGUGUUUGGGGCCGUGUGGGGUUCAGAGUGUGCAGUGGUCCUUCCGCAGCCCCAACAACCCCAGUACCAAUGGCAACGGGAGGCAGUGCCGUGGAAUUUACCGGAAGGCACGGCGUUGUCAGACAGACCCGUGUGAUGAGUGUAAGUUCCGGGGCCACUCUCAUGGUGUCGGGGACCGCUGGAAGAAUGGCACAUGCCAGGUGUGCCAGUGUCAGUCCAACGCCACCGUCCAGUGUGCCAACUACUGCCCAUAUGCCAUCAUCGGAUGCCCACAGGGACACACAUUGGUCGCAGGUGAAGCAGACAGGUGUUGCUACUGUGAGCGCAAAGGUGGGAAUACAGGCACGACUCCAGCCACUAUUCCAAUCAGUGUUGAGCCCUCCACUACACCAGGGGGAGGGGGCGAUAUACCCACGGUGCCAACCUACCCGCUUCCUCCUGGAGACGACUGCUGGGCUCCUCUGGGCGUCCAGUCCCUUCCCUCCACCAGCUUCACUUCCUCAUCCCACCAGCAGGGGCACCCUCCCUGGGCAGGGCGUCUCCAUGGCUACGACUCCCACAGCGACCUGCAGGGUUGGAGUCCAGAGCCGCAUCAGUACCAUGACCUGCCACCGGGGGCGCCAGGGAGCUACAGUGGUGGCGGGAGGCAGCCGCCGUACCUACAGAUAGACCUUCUGAAGCCCUACAACAUCACAGGCCUCCUAACCCAGGGAGGUGGGAUGUUUGGCACCUUUGUGUCCAGUUUCUACCUGCAGUUCAGCUUUGAUGGAAUCCAGUGGUUCACCUACAAAGAGCUGAUCACUGACGCCCGCCCCAAAGCCAAGGUUUUCCUGGGUAACCGUGACGAUCGAGGGGUUGCUCAGACGCGAUUGGACAGGAUGGUGUUGGCACGGUUUGUGCGUGUGCUGCCCCACGACUUCCAGAACGGCAUCUACCUGCGAGUGGAACUGAUGGGCUGUGAGUCAGGAUACAGUUGGCUGUCCACCCCUGUUCCCUCUCUGUCUCCCGUCACUCCUAGGCCGUGCCGAGACAGGGAGUUCCGCUGUGAGAAUGGCCGCUGUGUUCCAGCCGGACCCUCCGGUGUCGUUUGCAACGGAGUCAACGAUUGUGGGGACGGCUCGGAUGAGCGCCACUGCGGUACCCAGUCCUCCACCACCCUUCGACCCCAUGGGUGUGCCACAGGUCAGUUCUCCUGUCCGCCACCAGGGGGCUGUAUUGAUGCAGCACAGCGCUGUGACGGGGUGCCUCAGUGUCCUGACGGGGCGGACGAGAAGGGCUGCGUCCCCUCCAAACCCGUCACACCCAACCCUGCACCCCUCAGGACACCUGGGGUGGCCGCGGUUACUACGGUCACAACGACACCCUCCCCGACAACAACUCAAGGAGGACCUGGACACAGGGUGUGUGCCUCCUCUAUGGGCAUGGAAGAUGGCCGAAUCUACUACGGUCAGCUGACCUCGUCUAGCAACCGCGAAAACAACCCAGCUGACGGUGGACGUCUAAAUAUCAUCCCCAAUGUACCUGUCAUGGAACCGGGGUGGAGUCCGUUGCCGAGCGACUCUAAUCCCUACUUCCAGGUGGACUUCCUGGAGCCUACCUGGGUGUCAGGUGUGGUGAUGCAGGGCAGCGAGCGCAUGUGGGGCUACCUGACCAAGUAUCGCCUGGCGUACGCCCUGGUGGAGAACCAUUUCACUGACUACACAGACACCGGAAGGAGAGGUGACCCGCCUAAGGUGUUUGAGGUGCGGAUGGUGGGUAGGAGCCCUGUCACACGCUGGCUGAACAGACUGAUAAGGGUGCGCUACCUGCGUAUCAUACCUGUGGAAUACCGACACACCUUCUACCUGCGCGUGGAGAUCUUAGGCUGCAGAGAAGAUGAGCUGGUGACCCCCAGCAGUGUGACCACUGGGGCCCCGGGAGUGAGGUGUGUGAGCGGCACGUUCGCCUGUUCUAGCGGAGAGUGUGUCCCCAUCAGCGCGCUAUGUGACGGCCGUCCAGACUGCCUGGACCACUCUGAUGAGCUGGGCUGUGGCACAGGUUCCCCUGGCCUUCGGAACCAGACCGUCUCAGCGGGAGGUCCAGGGGUGCCGACGACCCGUCUGGUGCCUGUGGUCACAGGGGAGCCGGGCGUCCUCAGUGUCUCCACCCCCAGUCCGGUGGUGACCACUCCAUCGCACUACCCAGGGCUCCGCACGCCUACAACAGCCCCGUCUGGACAGCCAGGACUGAAGACCACUCCAGGUACACCAACACCCAUCCCGACACCAGUCACACCUGUGCCACCAGGCCCCUCCCCCUGCUCCGACAAGCAGUUCACCUGUUCCAGCGGAGAGUGUGUGCACCUGGACAAGAGGUGCGAUCUGCACAAGGACUGUGCAGACGGCUCCGACGAGGCCGACUGUGUGGACUGUGUCCUGUCACCGUGGACGGCGUGGAGCGGCUGCAGUGUGUCGUGCGGUCUGGGCUCUCUCUUCCGCCAGAGGGACGUGCUGAGGGACGCCAGGCCCGGGGGGGCGUGUGGGGGGGCCCAGUUCGACAGCAGAGCCUGCUUCCUACAGGCCUGUGCAGUGGACGGGGCGUGGUCCGAGUGGACCUCCUGGUCUCCGUGUGAUGUCUCCUGCGGUGGGGGGCUGAUGGUCAGGAACCGCUCCUGCUCCAACCCCCCUCCCAAAAACGGGGGGCAUGACUGUGAGGGGAUGACUCUCCAAACUCAGACCUGCAACACGCAGCCCUGCGGCUCGUCCACUCAGAAAGGCUGUGUUAACGGGAUGGUGCUGGUGAGUGAAGCGGACUGCCGUGGCGGGCGGGUGGAGCCGUGCCCUUUGACCUGCUCCGGCCUGUCCUCCGAGAGGAACUGCAGCUCUGCCUGCGUCACAGGAUGUCGCUGUCCUCCUGACCGCUACAUGCAAGAUGGCGGCUGUGUGAACGCCAGCCGGUGCAGGUGUUUAUGGGAUGGCUCGGUCCUCCAGCCAGGAGACAGGGUCACUAAGGACAAUUGCAGCACAUGUGUAUGUCAAGAUGGCCGUUUUGUCUGUGACCACUCCAAAUGUCUGAAGAGCUGUGAUUGGUCAGCUUGGUCGUCAUGGACACCGUGUGAUAGCACCUGUGGUACUGGUUUACGGCAGCGUUACAGGUCUCCAGUGAGCCGCCCAGGUGGGGGCGCCGGUCAGCCAUGUUCUGGAGAUUCCACUGAGGUGCGACAGUGCUACACACCCUGUCCCCCAGAUGAGAAGGGGGCACCGUGGAGUGAGUGGACAUCCUGGUCAGAGUGCAGUAAGACCUGCUUCCUGCAUGUGGAUGACGUGGGGCUGAGGAGGCGCUUCAGGAGCUGCAACCAAACAGACAGUGCCCCCUGCCUGGGGGAGGCUGAAGAGCAGGAACCGUGCAACACCAAAAACUGCCCAGUGAGUGGCGGUUGGUCAGCGUGGUCUCCCUGGUCCCAGUGCUCAUCGGAGUGUGACUCAGGGGUACAGACGCGCAAGCGCCUCUGCAGUUCCCCCUCCCCACAGUAUGGGGGCAGCACCUGUCCCGGGCCACACAUUCAGACGCGGGACUGCAACUCCCAGCCCUGUUCAGGCACCUGUCCCGAGGGCAUGGCUUACCUGACAGUGGAACAGUGCCAGGCUCAGGGUGGCGCGUGCCCGCGUGUGUGUCUGGACAUGACGGCUGCAGUGGAGUGUGCCACCGAGUGCUAUGACGGCUGCUACUGCGCCCUGGGCUUCUACCUGUACAACAGCACCUGUAUGCCGCUUAGCCAGUGCCCCUGCUACCACCAGGGGACAGUAUUCACACGCGGAGCCACAGUGCCUCUAGACGCCUGCAACAACUGUACUUGUCACAAUGGUGAGAUGGAGUGUGGAACAGCGCCAUGCCCUGUGGACUGUGGCUGGAGUGUCUGGACCCAGUGGAGCGCGUGCAGCAGGACAUGUGAUGUGGGCAUCCGGAGGCGCUUCCGCUCGGCGACCAAUCCCCCGGUGGCGUUUGGUGGCCAGCCAUGUCUGGGGGACAGAGUGGAGCUGGACACCUGCAGUGUCAAACCCUGCCACGGAAUGAAGCAGCCAUGGUCUGUGUGGUCUGAGUGUUCUGUUCCAUGCGGCGGUGGGUACCGGAACAGAACCAGGGGUCCGUUUAGAACCCAUGGAACCGCCCAACAGUUCAGUGCCUGUAACCUCCAUCCCUGUGGAAACAGUAGGGUGUGUCCUGAGGGCCAGGAGUGGGCGGAGUGUGUGAGGGAGGUGGUCACCUGUGCUGAGAUUGGACAGGACGAGUCAGACAGAAACACCACCUGCAAGGCAGGCUGCCAGUGCCCGCUGGGAUAUGCUUUACAGGGUGGAAAGUGUGUCCCUCUCUCUGAGUGCCUGUGUGAUGUGGAGGGGGAGCAGUAUCAUCCAGGGGUCACGGUGGCUAAGGACUGCAACAACUGCACAUGUGAAUCGGGGAAGCUGGUGAAUUGCACAGAUCACGACUGUAGUGUGGACGGUCACUGGUCAGACUGGAGUGGCUGGAGUCCGUGUUCCGUUAGCUGCGGUCCAGGUCUGCGUUCUCGCUACCGGUUCUGUUCCAGCCCAGAGAGAACCGGCCGUGGCCUACCCUGCCUGGGUCCACAGCGGCAGGACCAAGUGUGUGUGUCAGCUCCGUGUGACCGUGAUGGAGGCUGGAGUGCGUGGACCUCCUGGACAGACUGUACCAAGUCUUGUGGCGGGGGGGUUAAGAGUCGCAGGCGAGACUGUGACCACCCCCCUCCUCAGGGCCAUGGGGACUACUGUGAAGGCCGGGCCUCAGAGAUCAUCAGCUGUAACACAGACCACUGCCCAGUGGCUCCGUGUUCCGAGGUACCUGGUACAGCUUUUAGCAGCUGUGGCCCCUCAUGUCCACGCUCCUGUGAUGACCUGGCUUUCUGUGAGUGGCGCUGUGAGGCUGGUUGUUACUGCACUGGCGGCCGUGUUCUCAGUAGUAACGGCUCGGAGUGUGUGGAGAGAGAACACUGCCCCUGCCUGGACCUCAGCACUGGACUCCGACUCAACCCUGGCGAGUCCAGCCUUGCCUCAGACGGAUGCAACAACUGUACAUGUGAUGGAGGCAAAGUCUCCUGUACGAAUAACCCAUGCCCAGUCGAUGGCGGUUGGUGUGAGUGGUCAAACUGGACCCCUUGCUCGAAGACGUGCGGGGCGGAGUUUGUGUCGCGCUACCGCAGCUGUGGAUGUCCUGAGCCCCAGGCGGGGGGCUCUCCCUGCCACGGAGCCCAGGAGCAGCACGGGGGCCUGGGGGUGCAGAUCGAGAGGAAGGCCUGCCCCUCCAUACGCUUCUGCCCAGUUCACGGGUCGUGGGGCUCGUGGGGUGUGUGGUCGGAGUGUGAUGCGUGUGGCGGGGUGUCCGUCAGGAGGAGGGAGUGUAACAGCCCCCCCGCACGCUUCGGGGGUCUGCCCUGCCACGGCCCCAGCCAGCAGAGCCACCGCUGCCAUGACAACGCCACCAUCUGCUCCGACUGUGGAGGUGGUCAGGAACACUGGCCAUGUGGGAAGCCCUGCCCUCGUUCAUGCUCUGAUCUCCAUGGCGACACAGAAUGCAUCGACAGCCCAGACUGCAGCCCGAACUGUGGUUGCCCAGGCGACCAGGUUCUGCAGGACGGGUUGUGUGUGGGUCGUGAACUCUGCCGUUGCAAGUUCCACAACAGAACCACAGGUGAGCUGGACUCUGGAAACGCCUCCUGGGUGUGGCCGGGCCAAUCAGAUUGGCAGUAUGCAAAUUCAGGAGACUUCAUCAUCAGUGACUGCAACAACUGCUCCUGUGAUGCUGGAGUUCUUCAGUGUCAAUCAGUUCCAGGUUGUCAUGUCGAUGGGGCGUGGAGCCAAUGGGGUGGCUGGUCCGAGUGUUCCGUCCCCUGUGGAGGCGGAGUCAAUCUGCGCUGGAGGCAGUGUGAUAACCCCUCCCCCCAGGGUGGCGGGAGAGAGUGUGUUGGGGCCAAAGAGCAGCAGAAGGAGUGUAACACUCACCAGUGCACAGACUCGGGCCCGUGGUAUGACUGGUCGUCCUGGUCUCAGUGCACGGUGAGCUGUGGGGGAGGGGAGCAAUACCGCACCCGCUCCUGCCGAACACCCCCCUGCCCUGGCCCCAAACGCCAGAGCAAGACCUGCAACACUCAGGUGUGCCUGGAGGUGGGGUGUCCUCCGGGUCGGCUGUACCGUGAGUGUGAGCGAGGAGAGAGCUGCCCCUUCAGUUGUGCCCAGGUCAGCGGGCGCGAGGGCUGUUUCUCAGAGGGGUGCGAGGAGGGGUGCCACUGCCCCCCCAACACCUACCAACACCACGGAAGCUGUGUGCAGGAAUGUCCAUGUCUGGUGGACAGGGAACUGCUGACCUCACUACAGAAUGUGUCAGUUACCCCGGAGAUGACCCCUGACCUUCAGAACCUUACUGAGGGUGCGGAGCUCAUGUCUGGAGAAGCUCUGCUGUAUGAGUGCAGUAACUGCUCCUGUGAGCACGGCAUGUGGAACUGCUCGUUGGUGCCGUGUCCCCGGGACGGAGGCCUGUCCCCCUGGAGCACCUGGUCACCCUGCUCGCUCACCUGCGGCGGUCUAGGGCACAAGGCCCGCCAGCGCAGCUGCUCCAACCCCGCACCUGCACACGGCGGCCUCGAAUGCCACGGGGCGCUGGAGGAGACUACCUACUGUCAGGCCCCGGACUGCCCUGUGGUGACCAUACCCACGGUGGAACCUCACUUGCCUGAUGAGGAUGCUGGGUUCUCUAAGUGGUCUUCAUGGACUCCGUGUUCUAAGACCUGCACGGAUGCCCGGACACCGGUCCUGAAGUUCCGCCACAGGGAGUGUCUGACGGCACCGUGUUCUGGAGAGAGCCGUCAGCAGAAGGCCUGUAACCUGCCCCAGUGCCCAGGUGUGGAGGUGUGUGUGGGUGAGAAGUGUGAGUGGCGGAACUGCACCUGGACGGAGUAAGCAUUAAGGAGUAAAUUCAGCGCUCCUGUAGAAUUGGGACAGCAACAGCGACUCCUUUUAACCUCCUGCCCUGGGGCAAAUGGCACCUGGUGUGCGGACAUCCUCGGGGGCAACACAGAGAACCGUUUCUGCAACAUCCGCGCCUGCCGCGUGGAUGGGGGCUGGUCUCGCUGGAGCCCGUGGUCUCGCUGUGAUAAGCGCUGUGGGGGGGGUCGGUCCAUGAGGACGCGCUCCUGCUCAAGUCCUCCGCCCAAAAACGGCGGACGCAAGUGUGAGGGCGAGAAGAACCAGGUGAAGCCCUGCAACACCAAACCCUGCGACGAGCGCGGCUGCCCGCCAGGACAGGAGUUUGUGGCCUGUGCCAACGAGUGCCCGCAGCGCUGCUCAGAUCUGCAGCAGGGCAUCCAGUGCCAGGGCAACACCGAGUGCCAGCCGGGAUGCCGCUGCCCACGAGGUCAGCUGCAGCAGGACGGUGUGUGUGUAAAGCUGUGGCAGUGUGACUGCGUGGACUCCCUGGGCCAGAGCUGGGCGGCGGGCAGCACCCACCAGGUGGACUGCAACAACUGCAGCUGCGCAGACGGCCUGCUCUCCUGUACCAACCACAGCUGCAGCACCGAGCCCAGCUGCUCCUGGAGCUCCUGGUCACACUGGGCCUCCUGCAGCGCCACCUGCGGGCCGGGAGGACAGAGGACACGCUUCAGAUCCUUUGUUCCUGAAACGCCCGACGCUGACUGCCAGUUUGAGGAAGUGCAACACAAGCCAUGUGACCCGGGACCCUGCCCUCCCCUCUGUCCCCAUGGCGACCGAGAGCUGUCAGUGGGUGACACAUGGUUACAGGGGGAGUGUAAACAAUGCACCUGCACCCCAGAGGGAGAUUACUGCCAAGACAUCGACUGCAGGGUGGACGGAGACUGGACCCCAUGGUCCGUGUGGUCAGACUGUCCCGUCACGUGUGGCAGUGGCACACAGGUCCGCAGCCGAGCGUGCAUCAACCCCCCGCCCCGGAAUAACGGCUCAGACUGCUCCGGUCCAGAGAAGGAGGCCCAGGAGUGCCAAGCCAAACCCUGCCUCGAUGACCUUUGCCCCUGGUCGCCAUGGUCUCCGUGCUCCCGCAGCUGCGGGGCUGGCGUGGUGUCUCGUCGGCGGAGGUGUGUGUGUGAGGAGGAGGGGGAGAAUGCCUGCCCCCGGCCAUCGGUGACACAUCAGGACCCUAGGAGGAGCUGUGCCAGGCUACUCCAGUACACAGAAUGCCCUGAAUGUCCGAUGUCGGAGUGGAGUGAGUGGUCGGCCUGCUCCUGCGUGUCCCAGUGGCAGCAGCGCCACCGUGCACCACUCUCAGCAGCCAGCAGGGGGCAGCAGUGCUCAGAGCUCGAGACGGACAGCAGGGUCUGCCAACCUGAACACUGCCAGGACUGUGAGGAGCCGUUCCAGUUCCAGGAGUGUGGCUACCCGUGCCAGAAGCACUGUGUCCUGCAGGCAGCGAGCGAAGCCUGUGUUGGGGAGCAGACCUGCACUCCCGGCUGCUACUGCCCCCAGGGCUUGCUGCAACAGAAUGGGACGUGUGUCCAGCCAGAGCAGUGUGGCUGUGCGCACCUCGUCCACCAGGGAACCGAGAAACCCAUCACCAUUACCCUCCCACAGGGGGCGCUAGUCAAUGUGGGCUGCAGCACCUGUUUGUGCCAUGACGGGGUGCUGCAGUGUGACACUCGGGAGUGUGAGGUCUCUGUGAGUGAGUGGUCCGAGUGGACGCCCUGUUCCCCCUGCGUGCCCUCCUCUCACCUGCGCCCGUCCACCCUGACCCAGCUUGGCAGCGCCCGGGUGGCAUCGGUCCAGCGGCGGUAUCGGGCCUGCCUGGACCUGGACACAGGGAUGCCCGUGGUUGGCGAGGAGGGUCAGUGCCCCGAGGAUCUGGAGGAGGAGAGGGUGUGUCCCGACCCAGACGCCUGCACAGACCAGUGCCAGUGGAGUGUGUGGGGGCCAUGGAGCGGCUGUCAGGACCCUUGUAGCGGUGGAUUCAGGCAUCGGCAGAGACAGCCUCUUGCUGAACCGCCAGGACCCCAGUGCCCCAGACAACAGACCCAGACUCAAAGCUGCAAUACCGGCCUCUGCCCAGGUGAGCGCUGUGAGGACCGGGGGCGUGUGUACCAGUCCUCAUGUGCCAACCAGUGCCCACGGAGCUGCACUGACCUGUGGGAUCAUGUCCAAUGUCUACAGGGGGCCUGCCAUCCAGGUUGUCGUUGUCCAGAUGGUUGGCUGCUGCAAGGCGGCGUGUGUGUGUUGACAUCGGACUGCCGCUGUGGUGUUCCGUCUGACAACGGUACUCUUGAGAUCAGCCCUGGGCAGAACGUGACUGUGGACUGCAACACCUGCACAUGUGAGAAUGGCUCUCUGGUGUGCACCAAUCACCUCUGCCCUGUGAUUGGGCCCUGGGGACCAUGGAGCAGUUGCUCCGCCUCCUGUGGGUGGGGCCAGAUGUUCCGGACCCGCCCCUGUAAGCAGAGGCCCGGUGGGCCGCCCUGCAGGGGAACCAGCCAGAACCGGACCUGUUUUCUGCAAGCCUGUCCAGCUGGGUGUGAGCUGAGCGAGUGGUCAUCCUGGAGCGUGUGUAGCGCCACCUGUGGCGGGGGGGUGUCGGUGCGCAGUAAGACCGUUUUACAGGAACCGGAGCCUGGAGGUCAGGAGUGCCUGUCACCGCUGGAGCAACAUAUGGCCUGCAACACCAACAGCUGUCUACCAGAGUGUCCUGCUGGCCAGGUGUUCAGCACCUGUGCAGGUAACUGCCCUUACACCUGCGAAGACCUGUGGCCACAAGCCCAGUGUGUACCAGGAGCCUGCGUCCCAGGAUGCACCUGUCCACCCUCCACGGUGUUUCACAACGGCACGUGUGUGCCCAUCUCAGAGUGUCCGUGCUCCUCCCUCUCGUUACUCCUGAGGACCCCGAACGCCACACUGGACUACCCCAACGAGGAGGUGCCCUCAGGGACCGUACUCACACACCUCUGCAACUCCUGUGUGUGUACGGGCGGAGUGUUCAACUGCACAGAGGACCCAUGUGAUGUGGACUGUGAGUGGGGCAGCUGGUCUGAGUGGACCCCCUGUUCAGCGAGCUGUGGUUCUGGACAGCAGACAGCCAUUCGGAGCAUCCUGCAGGCUCAGCAAUAUGGCGGAGUGGAGUGUGAGGGUCCAACAGACCGAACCAGAACCUGUGCCGCACCUGACUGUGCAUGUCCGGAGGGCGAGACGUGGCGGCGGACGGACGCAGGUUCUAGAGGUGUGUUUUGUGAGCGCACCUGUGAGGACAUGUACCUGAGCUCCGCGCUGAACUGCACCGACGCCCACGACAACCACACCGAGGGCUGUGUGUGUGAGGAGGGACGUUACCGCGAUAACCAGGGACGCUGCGUCAUACCUGCACUGUGUCAGUGUGAUGAUGAGGGGACGCUGAGAGAUGCUGGCUCGGAGUGGGAAAUGGACUGCCUGUUGUGCCGCUGUGUUAAUGGCCAGAAGAGAUGCCAGUCAAUCUGUCCUCCUUUACAGUGCAAAGAGGGUGAAGUGAAGGUUCUGGAGGGAGGGAGCUGCUGUCCAGUGUGUAUGAAGGAAUUCCCAGGGGAGCCUGAGCCGGAGUGCCGUCGCUUCACCGAGGUUAGAAACAUCACCAAGGGCGACUGUCGCCUCGACAACGUGGAAGUCAGCUACUGCAGGGGACGCUGUUUGUCCAGGACCGACGUCAUUCUGGAGGAGCCGUACCUGCAGGCGGUGUGUGACUGCUGCAGCUACCGACUGGACCCUGAGCGUCCGGUGCGCUUCCUCAGUCUGAGCUGCUCCAGCGGGGACAGCGAACCCGUCGUCCUGCCCGUCAUACACAGCUGCGAGUGCACAAGCUGUCAGGGAGGGGAUUUGUCGAAACGCUGAGGAGACGUGUGGAGAAGAUGGCAGCCCUGAUGUCCGAUGUUGUGCUCGCAUCUCUGUCGAGUGUGCUCUUCUAGCCCCGAGUCAUUAUAUGACUGAUUUCUUUUUCCUAGAGUGCCUUCUGAAACUCUGACAUUAUUAUACCCAAUAGCACCAUGCUGCCAUGGCGACCUUUAUAACUGUGUUGUACUACAGUUGUGAAUAACUAUUUUAUGUCUGUUUUAUAUAAACUCUUUUUAUACUGCUGAUGUUUUAUAUGAUUGCUGUGUUUCUUACUACUUAAAACAUUCACUCCUCUGUCAACAACAAUAAACCACAUCCUUUGAAA